ACCGCUUCCUUAUUGAUAAGAGCAUUAAUUCCGCUGUUAUCUCUGCUCCCACCCAGGCCCACUUCGAGGUAUCUUCACUUACCGUCAUGACUGAACGCACUACGGCUUCUGCCCUGCAUGCGUUGGAUAUCCCAACUGUGAAACCCGGCGCAGAGCUCAAUGAGAAAUACGGGCCUCUCACAAGUCCAGUCAAGUCUAUUGGCAGCGACGUCGACAUCGUAGCCGAGAAAGGUUAUCAUUCAGAAAGGAGCUCACAAUUAGGCUCUGUUGCAGAUGACGAUGUCGUCCUCGUUAAUGGAGAGCCGGUCAUCACAACCGGUCGAGACGUAUCUCGUUUCCUUGUGGAUGUUCGUGAUGAUGGCGAUCCUGCCUUGACAUUUCGAUCUCUAUUUCUUGGCACAGUAUUCGCCGGACUGGGAGCCUCGCUAGUUCAGAUCUACUUGUUCAAACCGGUCCAGAUGUCUGUAUCAACAGUCUUCCUACUGUUGCUUAUUUACUCUGUCGGCGUUGUGUGGGCAGCAGUCAUUCCCCGUGCAUCAUCCGUAGAAGGCACUCGUUGGUCUGGUUUGGCACCUUUCCUCCACUUCAUUAAUCCAGGCCCUUUUGGCUUGAAGGAGCAUGUUGUUGCAUCGCUUGUAGCGUCUACGGCAGCUGGUGGUAGUACUGCCGUCAUGAACUUUGCCGUACAACGAUUAUACUACGAAACGCAUGUGCAGGCUACUACCGCUGUAUUGGCAACUUUCUCGACUGCAACCUUUGGGUAUGGUCUUGUAGGAAUCCUUCGCCCUUUAACGGUUUUUCCUAGUGAAAUGGUGUACUGGGCGAAUCUGCCGACAGUUUCUAUAUUCCAAGCAAUGCACUUUGAUACUAAAGCUAAUCAUAAGCGACUCAAGCUCUUCUGGUCAGCAUUCGCCGGGAUGUUUGUUUACGAGAUCAUCCCCGCGUACAUCUUCCCGCUUUUGAAUGCGGUCAACGUUGUUUGUCUGGCAACCCAGCGAGCGCCGCAGAAAGCAGUGGAUGUUAUCACCAACCUAUUCGGUGGAGGCAACGGCAAUGAAGGUCUGGGCUUGCUCAGUUUGAGCUUCGAUUGGCAGUACAUCGGUUCGUUAUAUAUGAGCUAUCCCCUUAUCCAACAAGCAAACUCCUGGAUUGGUCUCUUUUUUUGCUACAUUGCCAUCAUGGGCAUAUACUAUUCCAAUACGUGGAAUUCAUUGGAGUUCCCUAUGCUCUCGUCGUCAUUGUUCUCCCAGAAUGGUUCCGUAUAUAGACAGUCUGCUGUCUUCGGAACUACCUUCCAGCUAAAUCAAACCGCCUUGGAUGAGCUUGGCUUGCCAGCACUCACAGGUUCAAACGCAUGGGCGAAUCUCACUCAGAAUCUUUCCAUUGGAGGACUGAUCGCACAUUGUGUGCUGUUCUGGCGACCAUACGUUAUUGCAUCGUUCAAGCAGGCACGUAAAGGAACCCAGCCUGACCCCCAUUGGCAGGCAAUGCAGAAAUACGCCGAAGUCCCUUGGUACUGGUAUGGUGCUCUUCUUGUACUUUCUUUCUUCGCAGGUCUGAUCGUCGUGCUGAAGGGUCAGACUACACUCCCAUGGUGGUCAUACCUGCUAGCGUUGGCUCUGGGCUCUUUUAUUGCUCCCUUCUCCAAUCUUCUUUUCGCUCGGAUGGGUAACGGCAUAGCGACGAAUCAGCUUAUGAAGAUGGUCGCAGCAGGAGUCAACCCGGGGAAACCAGUAGCCAAUCUAUAUUUCUCUAUGUGGAGUCACGAUGUGGUUUCAAGCUCUAUUGGCCUCGCGGGAGACUUGAAGAUGGGGCAAUACCUAAAGAUCCCCCCUCGUGCCAUGUUCCUUACCCAGAUAUGGGGUGUUAUUCUGGGUGCUAUCGUCAACUAUGUUGUCAUGAUUUCCAUCGUCGAUGCGCAACGUGAUGUCCUAUUGAGUCCACAUGGGACGAACGUCUGGUCCGGCCAGCAACCCCAGAGUCUGAAUAGUGCGGCCGUAACUUGGUCACUCGCAAAUCAGUUGUAUGGACCGAAGGGGCCGUAUUUUAUCAUUCCGAUGGGUUUGCUUGUGGGCAUGGUACCUACUACUAUACAAUGGCUCAUCUGGAGACGUUGGCCUAUGAUCGGGCCUGUCAAGGUCGAUACAAUCAUGCUGCCAAUCAUUUAUAUGUAUUCCUCCUGGAUGUAUGUCGGUGUGAACUCGACUAUCACUAGUUCGAUCAUUGUCGGACUCCUUUCCCAACUGGUCCUUCGCAAGUAUCAUCCUGGUUGGUACAGGAAGUACAACUACAUCCUCGGUGGUGCACUGGACGGAGGCGCUCAGGUCAUGGUAUUCAUUUUAUCGUUCGCCGUAUUUGGAGCAUCUGGGGUGGGUCGACCAUUCCCAUUCUGGGCCGGAAAUCCAGCCCAGGGGAAUGUAGACUACUGUAAUGGAAAUGGCGCAUUGGAGUAGAGACAGUCUGACUGAAUGAAUGUUAUGAGGUAUAAUGUUGUACGAUUAUUACGAUGUGUAUGAAUUUUUCAUUUGGGCUCGGGGAAGAUGUCUGCUCUUCCGCUCUCAAGCAUCUGUCGGACCAGGCUCAAAAUCUCCUUUUCGGGAUCUACUCAGACUGGGAGAAUACGUAUUGAACUUUAAAAAGGUUCAAUUCCACGAGCUGUCUUUGCCAGUUC